CUUCGGCCGCGGGUUCCGCCGUCUCCGCAGCCCCCGGAGCCCUGGGUCCUGCCGCGGCGAUAGCGGCGGGGGCGGCGGCGGGCCUCCCGCGCAGCCGCGAUGCUGAGUCCCCGGGCGGAGGCGGCGAUGACCGCGGCCGACAGGGCCAUUCAGCGCUUCCUGCGGACUGGGGCGGCCGUCAGAUAUAAAGUCAUGAAGAACUGGGGUGUUAUAGGUGGAAUUGCCGCAGCUCUAGCAGCAGGAAUAUAUGUUAUUUGGGGUCCCAUUACAGAAAGAAAGAAGCGUAGAAAAGGGCUUGUGCCUGGCCUUGUCAACCUGGGGAACACCUGCUUCAUGAACUCCCUGCUGCAAGGUCUGUCUGCUUGCCCCACCUUCAUCAAGUGGCUGGAAGAGUUCACCACCCAGUACACCAGGGAUCAGAAGGAGCCACCCCAACACCAGUACUUAUCCCUGACACUGCUGCACCUCCUGAAAGCUUUAUCCUGCCAAGAAGUCACCGAUGAAGAGGUCUUGGAUGCAAGCUGUUUGCUGGACGUCUUAAGAAUGUACAGGUGGCAGAUCUCUUCGUUUGAAGAGCAGGACGCUCACGAGUUGUUCCACGUCAUCACCUCGUCACUGGAGGACGAGCGGGACCACCAGCCCCGGGUCACACAUCUGUUUGACGUGCACUCCCUGGAGCAGCAGUCAGAAGUAACUCCCAGACAGAUCGCCUGCCGCACCAGAGGGUCACCUCAUCCCACCUCCAACCACUGGAAGUCUCAGCAUCCUUUUCAUGGAAGACUUACUAGUAACAUGGUCUGCAAACACUGUGAGCACCAGAGCCCCGUUCGAUUUGACACCUUUGAUAGCCUUUCACUCAGUAUUCCAGCCGCCACAUGGGGUCAUCCACUGACCCUGGACCACUGCCUUCACCACUUCAUCUCGUCGGAAUCCGUGCGGGAUGUCGUAUGUGACAACUGUACAAAGAUUGAAGCAAAAGGGACGCUGAACGGGGAGAAGGUGGAACACCAGAGGACCACGUUUGUCAAACAGUUAAAGUUAGGGAAGCGGCUGAGCUGGUCCAGCCACGGUGCGCCCCUGAAGCGGCACGAGCACGUGCAGUUCGGCGAGUUCCUGAUGAUGGACAUCUACAAGUAUCACCUCCUGGGACACAGGCCUGGGCGCCGCAGCCCCGAGCCGCGCGAGAAGGCAGGGACUGCGUUGGAGCUGCAGGACGGGUCGGCAGCCCCCAAGCCAGUUCGGAACCAGCCGGUGGCCCCCAAAACACAGAUUUUCAUGAAUGGCGCCUGCUCCCCGUCUUUCUUGCCCACCCUGCCAACCCCGGUGCCCUUCCCCCUCCCAGCAGUUCCUGACUACAGCUCCUCCACGUACCUCUUCCAGCUGAUGGCAGUUGUCGUCCACCAUGGAGACAUGCACUCUGGACACUUCGUGACCUACCGACGGUCUCCGCCUUCGGCCAAGAACCCUCUCUCCACCAGCAACCAGUGGCUGUGGAUUUCUGACGACACCGUCCGCAAGGCCAGCCUGCAGGAGGUGCUGUCCUCCAGCGCCUACCUGCUGUUUUACGAGCGGGUUCUUCCCAAGAUGCAGCACCAGAGUCGGGAGUACAAGUCUGAAGAGUGACUCUGCCCCGGCCCCAAAGCUAGAGCUGAUGGCACUGUCCAAACUCUGUGUGUGUGUGUGUGUGCGCGCGCGCGCGUGUUUGUGGUGUGUGCGUGCAAGCAGCCCCACUAGAGUCCUGCAGCCUUCUGGUGUGUUCUAAGAGCAGGCUCCACACAGGAGCCGGUGGCCCCGAAGCAAACCCGACCCGGUCCCCGCACAGCUCUGCUGUGUGCACCAGGGCGCCGCACUGGCUGGGAAAGCUGUCGUUGUGUCUAGAGUGUGUCUCGUCACUCACCUGAUACCGGUAAUUAAAAGAAACCAGACUCCGGAAGCCACCUUUUUUAUAUUCGGAAACAUUAGGUGUUCUCCAAGGGGCGUUAACUUUGUCUGACCCUCCAAUGUUUCAGCAUAGAUGUUUUAUUUUUAAUAAGCAGUCCCAUAAAAAUGGUUGAAUUAGUGAAAUUAUUAAAGGCAACAAUUUAGAAGAAAAAGUGCCUUUCACUGUCAGCUGCUUUUGUAGCACAUCCCUUCUGGAAAAUACACCUCGUCUGGGAGUCACAUAAACAAUUUUUAAAGCUCUGUUCCUUCCAAAGUUACCAGAUGGAGAGCAAAAGAACCAUUAAAAGACGCCUGACGCGCACCUGCCUUCCCUUUUUGUAUGUCUUUUUCUAACCUUUCAAUUCUUUAUAUGUAGUAAAAGCUCAUUUGCCAGAUCUGCCCCUCGGGGAAGUUCUUUCUCUACUUUGUCAGUUACAAGUGACCAGCCUUCUCUGUGCGGUUAUCUUUUGUAUGCUGGACUCUGAGGUGUGAUUCUCAAAUAUUAUAAGACUGCGUGGGGCUUCCUAGGUGGCGCAGUGGUUAAGAAUCCGCCUGCCAAUGCAGGGGACACGGGUUCGAUCCCUGCUCCAGGAAGAUCCCACAUGCCGUGGAGCAACUAAGCCCCUGCGCCACAACUAUUGAGCCUGCGCUUUAGAGCCCGUGAGCCACAACUAUUCAGCCCAUGUGCUGCAACUACUGAAGCCCAUGCGCCUGGAGCCCGUGCUCUGCAACAAGAGAAGCUACGGCAAUGAGGAGACCGUGCACUGCAACAAAGAGUAGCUCCCCGCCCAUCGCUGCAACGAGCGAGAGAGAAACGCAACGCAGACCCAACACAGACAAUAAAUAAAUAAAUUGGAAAAAAAAAAUCACACACACACAAAAAACUGCGUGAACAGCCAGAACCGGGCAGCCUCUGUGCCACACCUACACCUCCUGCACUCUGUAGAAACCCCUUCUCACACAAGGACCCACCGUGGACAGUUAUUCUCAUCUAUCUAUUUAUUGCCCACGCAGAGCUCCUAAGGUUUACAGGUGGAGCCAGGGGCUGUGUCAGAAAGACAGGUGGGGCCUCCAUUGGAGAGCUGGAUUCAGGAGGUAGUGCACUGGCCUCGGCUGCCGCCUCUCUGGACCUCAGUUUCCUCAUCUGUAAAGUGAAGAGUCAGAUUCCAUGACCAUCAAAGUCCAGCCCUUCCCACCAAAAGAAAGAAGAAAGAAGUUUAAAAAAACUCUCCAGACAUACAACGAUGGCUGGUAUCUAGUACUGUCAUUCUGUUCUAGGUCCAUAUUCUAAAUGGACUCGUUGCCAGUGGCCUCCUACAAAAGGCCUCUCUUGAGCAUCCUCCCCUCCCUUCAGGUACGUCUCAUGAAGGCAGCCCAGGGCCGAAGGAACUUUGAUGACACAGCAGUAUUUACGUUUUGGCUAGAUUUUAUUUAAAAAAAAAAAAAAAGGAUCCCAAAUUCAGACGGACUCUUCAGCGAUAAGAUCUGGAAUCAGACGCAUCCAGAAGGUCACGCUGAGGGCCCUGCUUCCCCGGCCUUGGUGUCAGCUGAAAGCGCUAGAGGCCCAGGUGAGCCCCAUUCCACUGGGGCCCAUGUGCACCCUGAGACCUCGGAACGCGUUACCGACAGAACAGACUGUGAAGGUUCUCCAGGCCGCAAACAUCAGGGAGGAAGGAGCAGUGCAAAGCUUCUGAUGUGUUCACGGCAGACGUCCCUUUCUGACUCCGUUACAGACCCCGGCUUUGAUGGUACAAGGCGCGUCCCCGUGAUACCCGAGUCUGGGGGAACAAAUGCUCAAUCGUGUGACCUUAGCCUGCCUGGCAAAGUUGUAGCUUUGAGCAACUGCUGUUCUGCCACUGCUUACGCUUUGAAAUCUGCCAUAAGAGAGAGAUGCCGGGCGUGAACGGGGUUCAUCCUUUGAACGUUUAGUUGUAAGCAGAUGUUUGGUCGGAGGCCAGGGACGGAGCCAUGGUUGUAAAUGUGAAUGAUCUCCAUGCAAAGUCUCUUCACCUGACUUAAAGGCAACGUCCUCAUUUUGUAAAUUAUUAGGCAUUAAGUAGCAGCCAAAUAAUCUUAUUUCUAGCUUUAAGUUAUUUACAAAGUCGCUUCUUUUUUGCAAAAACCUAAGUUAAACUUAUAGUUUAUGCCAUAAUAACUACUGACUUAUGUAUUUGCUAAAGGUACCUUUUGUAUCUGCUGUGUAUUAUAGCAAUAAAAGAAUCAUUUUGUUAGGA